UUAUGAACUCUUACCUCUUCUCCAUGAGCAGCCAGACCAAAAAUCAGCGAUCAACGAUACAGGGCUCGCCUAUUCACUUUGCGAUGCGAACGGCAUAUUUUGUACAAAGUGUUUCAAUUUGUUAUAUACAUUUUUUCGACAAAACCUACCAUCUUGAAAAUAAAAUCAUAUCGAAAACCAUGUGAAAGAGAUCGAUGAACUAAAAACACUUUGGGAUUGAAUGAAAAUACUCAAACGAACUGUAAAAACAAUAAUGACGGUAUAAUAUAUACCAUUCGUAUCGUAAAGUAACGAGACAAACCCUGUACGAGUGCACACAUGCCAGUACACAUAUUACACAUAUACACAUAUACCCAAACAAGGUGAAUCUGUAGGCGUAAGCGAGAUGGGUAUAAUGAUAAAUGGAGAGCAAAAUGUAAACAUUUAGGUCAUCAUGAACCAAACUCGAGUGUGUGACAAAUCAUCCAUGAGUGCGAACGGAAAAGGUGUAUAAAUAAAAAGAGAGGGAAAAAUUUAUGCUCGAAAAUUUCCCCUUGGGUAUAGAUUCACCUUGUUUGGGUGAAUAUGUGUAUGGGCAUGUGUGCACUGGUACAGGGUUUUCUUGUUAUUUUACGACAUGAACGGCAUAUAUUAUACCGUCAUUAUUGUUUUUACAUUUCGUUUGAGUAUUUUCAUUCAAUCCCGAAGUGUUUUUAGUUCUUCAAUUUCUUCCUCAUGGUUUGCGACAUGAUUUUAUUGUCAAGACGGUAGGUAUUGUCGAAAAAAUGUAUAUAACAAAUUGAAACACUUUGUACAAAAUAUGCCGUUCGCAUCGCAAAGUGAAUAGACGAGCCCUGUAGGCGAGAAGGGGUAAGAGUUCAUGCGUGAUGCGAUUAGAAGAGAGAGAGAGGUUGACGAAGCCGAUCGUCUUCGUUCUAUUCACUGUGUGAUUGUUGAUCCAAAUCUCUUCUCCGUCAAUAAAUGUUGGAGUACAAUUUUACUAGCUUUUAAUUAGUACCUACUGUUUUUAAAGUUUUGGUGAUUUUCUUUGAGAAAGCCAGAAGAUGUCCGAUUCGAAACCUUCUCGUGCUACAGGAAAUUUUUACCAAAGGCUAGAAAAUAUGAGCAAUAUAUAAUGGCACCACAGCAUCAAGACGCUGCAGAACCAGCUCCAGGUAAACAAACCCAGUGAAAUCAAUUGCGGGUAGUGUAGGCGGAUUCCUAGGAUCCCGACGACUAGCUAGUAUAAGAGGUUUAAGAUUAGGAGCCUCCGUUAGAGGUCUCGCAGAAAGAGUCCUGUCUAUCGAAGCUAUAAGUACUUCACAAAGCUAAUCCCCCCAUCAUCCCCUACCCCCUCCUGGUCAGACGUUGAAAAGUACACCAGCAGGAGCCUUUGCUUGCUCAUAAGUUUCACAUGAUCUCCAAUGGACCACCGAAAUACAACCCCAUAAUCGUCAUUAUCACAUAGAUAAUAAUUUUUAUUUUUGUUUCAGGCCCAUCCCGUGCUUCAUUUGAGACUCCAGUCCCAAGUGUUACCGCUGAAAUGGAAAGUUAUGUGCAGGAGGAUGUUGUUGUUCCGGAUUUUUCUAAUGUGGAAAAUGAGGAACCAAUUGUUCGUCCGACCGAUAGAAGGAAUGUCUAUCACAGAUGGCAUCCGUUACUGGGCGUUAUCCACAAAUGCCUCGUACCGCUCGAUCAAUAAGUAAUGAGAAAUCACCUGCCACCCAGCUAUGCCUAACCAUAUCGAUCAAUGUUCUGCCUUUACAUACAAAUAGCAGCAUGCAGUUCUGGCCAAUCUUGUUUUCUAUUCAUGAGCUGCCCCAAGCACCGGUUAUGACUGCUGGCAUCUUCUGUGGAACGACCAAACCCGAAUCUGCAGAAGAAUAUCUUCGUCCGAUGGUGAUCGAAAUUAAUGAUUUGAUGCAGCGUGGCAUAAUCGUUCAUGGAUGCCAUGUCGCCAUAAGACUGCGCGCAAUCGUGGCAGACACUCCUGCGAGGGCAUUCAUCAAAGGAGUCAAGGGACACACCGGAUACGACAGCUGCUUGAAAUGUACCGUCGUCGGCAAAUACAGUCAGGCAGGACGUACAAUGACAUUUCCUGAUACAAACGCUCCGUAACGAACGGAUAAGUGUUUUAGGGACAAUGCAUACCCUGGACAUCGCAAGACGGAAACGCCGUUGGUGGAUUUGCGGUUCUUCAACAUCAUCAAGGACAUACCAACAGGAGAUCGACUACACAGUGUGGAUCAAGGUGUCGGCAAGCACUAUAUUUUAGGCUUUCGGGAUGGAACGUUGAGAAAGCAACGCUGGACGACAAAACAAUGUGUUCAAAUAUCAAACCAUAUUGACAGAUUAAGUUGCCGACAGAAAUUCAUCGCAAAAUACGUCCUAUCAAGCAGGCACAUUUUUGGAAAGCGUCGGAGAGCGCGUCUUUUCUCCAUUAUGCCGGGUUCGUAGUGCUGAAACCCCAUCUUACUGAUUGUGAGUACAGACAUUACUUACUGCUGUUUUGUGCUGUGACAUUGCUGUCCUCUUCAGUUUAUAAGGAGAAGUGGCGUUUUGCAGGCCAAUUAUGAAACAAAUUCGUUGAGGACUUUGCAAGUGUGUAUGGCGAACAACAUAUAAGCAGUAAUGUGCACAUAUUGCAACAUUUGUAUGAGGAGGUGGAGCGAUUUGGACCUUUAUCAUCCUUUUCCACUUACCCAUUUGAAAAUCAGUUAAAAUGUUUAAAAAAAUUAUUACGUAGGGGAUGGAAGGAGCUAGAACAGGCAAUCAACCGACUUAUGGAAUAUGAGGAGUAUUAUAUAGGAAACCCUUACACAGCAUCAAAGCCCUCUAUUUCCAAACGAGGGAAUAUAAUAACAUUUAACCUCCAGAAAGAUUGUGUGCUUCAAAAUAACGAGAAUAAUUGUUGUUAUAUGAGCAAGGAUAACAGUAUAUACCAAUUUCAAACAGUUAAUGGCCAAAUGGAAGAUGGCAAUGUGCGCAUUUGCGGGCGUAGGUUGAAGGAAAAAAAACUUGGCUUUUGAUUAUCCUUGUGAGUCAAGUAUUUUAAACGCUUACAGAGGAUCCAUUAAAAAAUUAGAUACGUCGUUUGUGUAUAUAUGCCCGGGGCAAGUUAAAUGUAAAUUAGUUGCUAUACCAAGCAUUCGCGAUGAAACUAUUUUUAUUCCUCUGCUGCAUAUACUUGUGGAAUAAAUUCAGUAAAAAACAAUGUAAGUGACAAUUGUAAAGGGAGUUA